AGGAGCACGCCGCCUUUGCCGGUCACAGAGUGGGGGCGGGAGGGACGCCGCUCGGAGCGCGCCACGGCCUUUCAACCGGCAGCGGCCGAGGCCUCCUCGCGCGGGGUCCUGUCGCCUCGGCUCGAAGGUCCCGAGCAGGAAAAUGGCGGCGCCCAGCAGCAGGGAGGUGCUGUCUCUCUACAGGAUGAUGUUGAGAGAAAGCAAGAAAUUUCCCAGUUACAAUUAUAGGACAUUUGCACUCCGGAGGAUUAGGGAUACUUUUCGAGAACACAAAAAUGAGACAAGUACUGAAGUUAUUCAAGAGCUAAUAGAAAAGGCUAAAACCAACACAGAAGUUAUUAGGAGACAGAUCCUGCCAAUAGAGAUUAACCAAAAUCAAUUCAAUGAAUGGAACAAGAUGCUAUCAAGAUAUAUAUGGCAAGGUGCUCAUCGGCCACUUGUAUACCACACAAAAGCUCGUCAUUGAAAAUCAGUGAAAGUGAUCACUUGGAGCUUUCAAUCUACUUUGUGCCAGUGGUGAUAUACUAACCUUCAGGAAUUCAAUCUUCUCUCUCUACUAUGUUUGGCAACACUGGAAAAGACUAUGGAAGCAAGACUUACACAGCGGUGUAAUCAAUACAUUUAACUCUCCUCCUAAAUUGCAAUAUUGCAAAUUUUUUUCAAUUCUGUAGUAAUGGUUAAGGUCAGCUAUGUAAUUAAAAAUGCAUAAUUUGUAAUCCCAAUGUAAUGUUUAAUAUUCAAUGUUGCACAUACUAAUGAGCAGAGACAGUCUAUGGUUAAAUAUUAGUUUUCUGUUCGAUCAAUAAAAGAACAAUAAAAACUCCCUAAUGAAGUAUGUACUCAAGGCUACUAUUUUGUC